AUGUGUCUUGAAGAUGCCUGGGGCCUGGGGCAUCUCACCCCCCCAGAGCACCAUCAACCCAGCAAACCUACCGAGGACCGGAGAGAAGCUCACCAACCGGACCCCACUCCCAAAGACCACGCCCACGCAAGCCACAGCCGGGCAUUUCGCUUUAAAGAUGGAAGUCGCCCUCACCGAAAACGGGCGCACCGUCACAAAUCGCGGACACGAGACGGCGAAUCCUCCAAGCGACACCGCCGCGAGAACCAGAGCGACCCAACAGCUCAAAACCCCUUCGGUUCAACAACCGACACCUUCCGAGAAUCCCUGUUUGACGCACUUGGCGAUGACGAAGGCGCCGCAUACUGGGAAUCUGUCUACGGGCAGCCCAUCCACAAUUACCGCGUCCCGGACGUACAACGGGGCCCGGAGGGCGAGCUGGAGCAGAUGACGGAGGACGAAUACGUGGAUUAUGUGCGUCGUCGGAUGUGGGAGCGAACUCGUGAGGGCAUGCUCGCUGAGCAGGAACGUCUGCGGGCCGAGCGGCAACAGAAAAGGAAGGAAGAAGCGCAACGGAAUGCGCAGGCUGGGGAGGAGGAGUUUGAACGCGCCAUGGAAGACAGUCUGCGGCGAGGGGCGGAGCGCAAAAGAGCAAAGACCGAGUGGGGUGUGCCCUGGGCCGAGUAUCUGAAGAGCUGGGAGACUAUCGGGAAGGCUGCGGAGGGGCCUGCCCCCAAGCCGCUACGCAACCUGAUCUUCUGGCCUGUUCGCUCUGGGAGGAGGGCUGAUGUUCGGCCGCAGGCUGUUGAAGAGUUCAUGCGUCAUGCUCCGGCGCCGGCCGAGUUACUCGGCACGCUUAAGGCGGAGCGCAUUCGCUGGCAUCCCGAUAAGAUCCAGCAUCGGUAUGGUGCGCUUGGAAUUGACGAUGUUGUCAUGCGCAGUGUUACGGAGGUCUUUCAGAUUGUGGACCGCAUGUGGAGCGAGGAGAGAGAACGGCAGAAAUGA